AUGGAAAAAUUGCAACAAUACACACAUGUAUUUAGACAACUGGACAAGAACGGAGAUGGGAAGCUAUCAGCACCGGAGCUCCAAAUUUGCAUUGGAAAGGUAGGCGGAGAGUUGACAUUAGAGGAGGCGGAGAUAGCUGCAGCAAUGAUGGAUUCCGAUGGAGAUGGGUUGUUGAGCAUGGAGGAUUUGAUUAAAGUGGUUGAAGAUGCAAACGAAGAGGAAAAGGCUAAUGACUUGAAGAUGGCUUUCAAGAUAACUGUUGAUGAUUGCAAGGGAGAUGAUGUUGUGAUGAAGAAUUAA